AUGAUUGGAUCUAUUGAGUUUUGGAACAAGGAGGCGAAAGCCCCUUUAUUGAAACGAAAUGCGGGUAUGUUUUCCAAUAAAUUAAAGGAAAUGGCUCCACAUUUGAAAAGGGCAGAAAGUUGGCUAGAUAUUGCUCUAAAUCCAAACAAUGAGAUAAAACAAAUGAACGAAAGUAACAACGAAAUUAACUGCGAUAAUGAAUACUUAAUUAAACUUGAUCAGAAUAUAAAAAUUAAUCUUGUUGACCAUACGGAUAAUCCAGAAAUUGAUCGAAUUUUCAAAUUAGAUGCAGAGAGAACUUUCUCGGACGAAGAAAAUAGAACUAAGAUGAUUAGUGUUUUGAGUACAAUCUAUCAGGAAAUUAAGGAUUAUCACCAAGGAUUGGGGUUUGUUGUUGCAUUUUUUUUAUUGCAGCUAACACCUGAAGAUACAGUUCGUUUAGCAUUGUCAUUAAAUAGAUAUUAUUUACCUGGUUAUUUUAAAACUGCACCAUUCAAUUAUGUUAGAGAUGCUAAGGUUUUUGAAAAGCUGUUAGCGAAAAGAUACCCUGAUGCAGCGAAGAAAAUUGAGGAUUCAGCAUGCGCAGAAGCGUUUUGCUCCAAGUGGUUUGUUGGAUUAAAUGUGCAUGUACUACCAUUUCCAUCACUAUGCAAAUUUUUCGAAAUAUUGUUCGAAAAGGGAAAUUUAUUUUUAUUUCAAUUUGGCUUAUCUAUUGUUGAUGUAUGCAGAGAGGAUAUUUUGAAUGCGAAAGAUGCCUCUCAAGUUCUUGCCAUUUUACGGUUAGAUGAGAAAGUUUAUCAUGAUUUGUUGGAGCAUAAAAAUUUCUUAGGUAAAGAAGAGGAAAAACCAGGAAGUUUUUUCCUAUAUUUAGUGGACAAUGCCCUUGAUAUACAAAUUACUCAAGAUGAAAUUAAUGAUUUGAGAGGAGUUGUACUCGAAGAAAUGAGACAACAAGAGGAAAAGAGAAAGCAAAUUGAGUCACAGAUGGAUUUCGAUGACGACGAAAUCGUUUUUUCUGAUGAAGAUUAG